AUGCAGAAGCAAAAUAAGAAGUUCCAUCUAGGCCAUCAGCCAUCGGUCAUGAAAUCUUUACAACCAGAGCUGUUGAAGGCGACUGGCAACCCAACGAAUAUUGUGUCAAUGAGUCCUGGACUGGUAGCAAUCGCCUUGCUAAUCAAGGCAAGACACGGUCCCCGCUUCGUCUUCCAUUAUCCAGCACAACCAUGUGUCGAGUCAUCUCAUGAAAUGCUAUACGGAACCGACAUGAAUCCCUCAAAAUUAGACCCUUAUCCAGAUUAUGCCAGCGAUGAAUCCGAAGAAAGCCUAUACACUUCCUUCAACCAUAUCAAUUUGAACCAGACAAAUGAAAGUAAAAAAGAUAUCAAUGACAAUAGAUAUAAUUUUCGAGCAAGGUUUGACCGUGAUGAACACUUUAAUACCCCAAAUGGAAUCCAUAUUGUUCCAUGGGAGAAUUUCUUCGAAUUUUCCACUACCGAUCUAGAAAGCAUUCUCACACCUUCAAGAGCUUAUCACAAGAGUCGCUUUGAAAUGAUACUCGAUCCCUUGUGCUUCCUUACAUACCCAGUCCAUAUUCGGGAGGAUGGUCGAUGGAAGAAAAGAACAACACAAAAAUUACAAAGAACUAGAAGAAAGGUGGCAUCGAGUAGGGAUAUCCAGAAUAGACAGGUAGUUAACAAUGAGAGGGGGGACGAGGACAACAUUUCCGAAGACAGCGAUGAUGGAGGAAUGACUAUGUUUAAUGCUGUUUUUAUUCUUGAUGUCUCAAAAUACGACCUGAAAGAAAAAGCCAGUGAAAUGUAUGAGCAUGUGGUGAAAACUUUCAAUCGGGCUUUACUGGAAACACAAGCUAAUUCGGGAUAUGUCUGGAAUGAAUCUGAACUAAUCUUAGCUAUGAAAGAAAAGGCCCGUGAAGAUCGACGUCCAAUGAGCUGGUUAUGGCGAGAAAUUCUCCUCAGAUCGACACUUGCUUGUGCCAUGAAGGAAAUUUUCAACUCCAUCUCACAGAACAAGAUAGCCACCUGUGAGCUCGGGCCUAAUUUUAAUAUAUCUCUUCAGAUUCCAAAGCCUUCCUUCCUUAUGAGUCUUCCAACUGCGAGAGAGCCCGCGAUACCCGGACUUUUUGUUACGAGUGCUGAUCCUAUGCUCAUCGAAAGUAGAAAAUAUGACGAGUCUCGGCUGAACAAAAACUUUGCAUUGUUACUAACUGAAGACGAAUCAAAAUUGCUGACAGACAUGCAUGUUAACAAAACUGAACUUUCUGAGGCUUUGACUGAAUGCAUUCGUCUUUGUAAGCCUACGCUCUCAUUUGCUCAGGUAGCUCAGAUUAACUCCAUUGAGCUUACCAGCCUGCUCACACUUGCAUCACAUCUCAUCUUCUAUCGUCGUGCUCUGGCUAUUCCUCCCCUACAUCUUCGAAAUACGUAUAUUGUUUCCCCAAAUUGCGACUGUCGGAAGCUGCCAAAUGCUAUCAAAGAAUGGAAAGAAGCAUUCCCAACUGCACCCAGCCUACGGAGUUUUUUAAGUGCUCUCUCUACAGACCCGCGACCGUAUAAAACAUUUCUACCAAGUCGAGAUCACCGACUAGUCUAUAUUGAAAUGCUUUCUUGGCUAAUACGUGGCGGCUGGGUUACGCAGCUUCGUACGUUUGCCUGGAUUCAAGUGUGGCCAGAGAUCCAGUAUGAAGUUCAUUACCGUCUCAAGGCUGAAGCAAUAGAGAAAGCUAAGCACGCAAAGGAUUCAUCUCAAGAUGAUACUAACCCCAAAGCUACUGAUGAUUCCGGGAGUGAUGACAUUCUAAUUAAUUCUAACCUUCCUCUCACAACAGAACAAGUAGCCGAGCAGGCUCGUCUACGGCGACUUGCUGAAAAGAUGGUCAAACAGGAGGCAGAUGAAGCUAUGGCUUUCGCCAAACUACCUACACCCAUUGCUACUACGUCACCCUCCUCUAACAAUGCAAGUCACCUUGAGGUUUUCCCAGCUCCUUAUAUUAUCAUUGAUCCAGAAAAAGCUACAUACGAGGAGUCUCUAUUUAUUGCAGCAAUCGCAACCCGAUUAAUAAACCCUAGGAUGCAGGACCUGUGGCCAGGCUUCACAAAGUAUUUUAACGGUAAUUGCGCGCUUGAAAGCAUCGCACUUGAAGAGAAUAUGAAGCGGAAGGAAACCUGGCACGUACUCCUUGGAUUUCAAGAGCAUCUGCUCAUAUGCAGACAUUGGUAG